ACUCUUCACCGUGUCUCUUUAAAUUCCCCAAACACAAUCCUCUAUAAAUCAAAACCAGACAUCAAACAAAAGAUUCAACAAAACCUCAAACACAACAAAAACACUUCACACUCGUAAAAAAAAACAUCAUCGUAAAAAAAAAAACAUCAUGGCUUCAAAAAACAACAAGAAUUUCGAUUAUGAUAAUGAAUUAACAUUAACAAACCACUACAACACACCGCAUAAGCUAUCUCUUCCACGGCCGUGUUUUCCCUCCGACGCUCCAACUCCGCCGCCGCGAACGACGGCUAUCUCGGUUCCGUUUAAAUGGGAGGAAGCACCGGGGAAGCCUAAGCCUAGGCCGUGUGAGAGAGGAUCGGAACCGAAAGAAAGAGAGACCAACGUUGUUAGAGCUUUGGAGCUUCCUCCGAGGUUGUUGUUGUCUUUGGAGAGUAACAUUAACGCGCCGUCGCCGACGACGGUUUUGGAGGGACCUUACGUUGGACGCGCCGUGUCGUUUACGACGUCGUAUAGGGAUAUUAAUAAGGAGAGUGUGAGUUUUGGGUCUAGUAGGUGGGGUGGGUUGAAAAAAAAUAAUAGAGUUGAUGGGGAGGGUAGUUUUGACUUUUCAAGUUGGAGUGUUGAGGGUGGGGAUAAAGUGAAGAUUACAAGGGUUAGAAGAAGAGGAAGCUUCUCUAGUUUCUCACAUGGAAGUUCACAUUUUUUGGCAAGCAUUUAUGGAAGCUUUAAGCAAGUGGUCCCAUGGAGGCGCAAGCAAGAAAAGCAACAGAGACCCAACACCGUUUGAUGUUUAACUAAUCAAAUGUUGUUACAUUUCAACACAACCGUCUCGGUUACCUUUUUACCUUCAAAUAACAUUAACAUUGCCACUUAUAUUGUAUAGUAAAGAGGAUGAAUAAACCAUCAAUUUAGUUUAUAAAUUAUCACUUUUCAUUUUGAUCUCUCAAUGAUGAUAAGGAUCAAAUUGAAAAUGAAUGAUAGUUUAUAGAUCAAAUUGAUUAUUUAUUCGCAGCAAGAAUAGGUCAUGAGUUUAUAAUAUUGGGUUUUAUAGGGACUCGUAUAUGUUAGAAAUGAGUUUCAAAUAUUAGAUUAUAUAUCAAUGUGUUACAAAUAAAAAAUUAUGAAAGGAACUAAUCACUAUAUUGUGUUUGUA